CCCUAGUGGAAAAAUGAAGAAAUUUAACUCUUCUGGCAUUUGGAAGUUACACCAAAGUUAUCUUACACCAAAACCAACACGGUUCGAAGUCUACGUGCCUAAUUGCUGUAAACAGUCACCCUCACAUGCACAGUAAUGUGUUUGUAGAAACUUGAGCAUGACGUCGUCUUUCAAAGCGGUUCACCCGAUCCUUUGGUACCCUACUCCGUAUCCUUUCUUCUCCGUAACCCGAACUCCAACACAAGCGUCCUACGUCAUGGCUGGAGAGAUACAGAAGGGGAGUCUGAAGAAAGGGAUGAAAGUGAUACCUGUGCUGCGCUAGGGAAACAAACAGGAAACGUAUCAAUGCCAUUUUUCAAGGUAAGUCCAAGUUUAUAGUGCGCAAACUGUGGUUGCUAUCGAAAAGUCCACGAAACUUCUGUUCGCUGACAUCGUCCACUGGUUUAGGAGUGUUCUGGAAGACACCUGGUUUUUCACAACACCUGGUAUCAUAGCACACUCAGUGACAGCUGCCAAUUGCCUUGACCAACCGUACACCAAAAAACAAAGAUGAGUUCAAACAAGGACAGGCACCCCAGCCACCAUCCUAUCAUGGAGAAGGACAAGGAAACUGUCUACAAACUCAAGGAGAGAAAUGACCUUGAAGUGAGGAAGCAGAAGAAGGAGUUAGACCAGUUCGAGACGGCCCGCAACAUCAAACUUAAGGGGUAUGCCAAGGAAGAAAAGCAGCUUCAGAAGAGGCUGCUUGAGUUCAACACCAGGAUUAGCUCCUUGGCUCAACUUGAGAGCGAGUCUUCAGAAGAAGGGUCUCCUCUUGUGGUGCGAAAGUGCAAGGGAGACCAGGAUACCCCCAAGGGAAGAGAAACCCUCAGCCCCCGCCCCGUCAAGGAGAAGCCAAGACUGAAAAUCACCUUGCAGGACCUUAAAGGGAAGAAAUCGACACGUGAAGACAGCCGCGGCAUGUCUCCAAGAUCUAUUACAGGGAGUAAGGCGUCACCCCCUCAUCAGUUGUCUCCCAUCCUGGGUCGUCAGCAGGCGACAAACCGUAAUCUCGAUGUCAUCAGGGCGGAGAUAGCCACCUCAAACCACUAUCUGAUCAGCACUCCCCCUGCUGUACGUAGGCGAUUGAUGGCUUUAGCCGAAAAGUCCAAUACGUCAACGGGUAAAUCCGAAACAAAGAAGUCCAAACGUGUUGCACAGAAAUCUUCAGUACGACAUUCCGGAUCCCCUUCCUCCAGUAACGAGAAUCUGGAUAGGUCGGAAACCAGGAAGGUCCAACAGCGGCCAGUGCCAGCCUCCCCAGAGCUGGGUGGAAGCCUCCCCGACAUAACGAGACAACCGAAAUCAACACCACAACCAAUCAGAGCAUCACACGAAUCAGUGCAGCAGAAAAGUCUUACGUCGAGUCAAGAGAAGAUUGAGUUAGCGGACAUAAAACAGGAGGCGGCCCGUCCUCCGUCGACUGAUGGAAGGAAGGACACUGCCGCCCGGGUGGAGGAGUGGCUCAGCAAAGUCAACAUCACCAGCAAGUCUGCAUCCUUGGGAGACAUCGCUUCAGGGGAGAAGAGCUUUCCAGAGAAAAACCUGGAGCCUCCAAAGACAGCAGGAGCUGGCCUACAGCACAAGCACAUUCAGCCUGAAGUCCUGUCAGCGUCUUUCGACAAUCUCGUCACUGCUUCGAAGGAAGACGAAUCUGGCCCUGAGUGGUUGGGCGAGGAAACAGACUUCGACCCUCAAGGCGUGUACUCCCCGGGAGUUCCAGCGGAGGGCGGACGGGCGCGCUUCUUCAUCCAUCCGUCCACGUGCGACGAAAUGAAGCCUAGUAAUGUCGUGGACAGGAUCGAGUCUACUACGGGAAAGUCGGGAAUCAAGUCCUGGCUAGGGAUGAGCGAUGACAACAAAGCUAAAGUGUCGCCACUAGCAAAAGAUGACAAGAAGACUGCUGGUGCAAAAAGUAGGAUGACACCACCUGAUUGGACCAUGUAAUUUGAUGAACCCAAUCAAAUAUUCACAGCAGGCACAUACAAAUGUCUAGUACAAGAAUUGCCUGUAAACCUCAGUCUGUGUAAUGCAAACAAUAUUGUCGGGGGCUGUAACUUGCGCUCCUCUUCGCUGGGUGCGUGAGUUAAUCAGGCCAACGAAGGACGAUGAGAAAAUUCAGCUUGAUAUAGGAUAUGAAAUGAGUCCAAAGCUGGAUGCUAAAGUGUCACCCAAUGACAAUGUUUGCUUUGCAUAAAUGUGUGACACACCAGUUUACACAUUAGUACAAGCUGCAUAAGAUGGAACUUAAAGCUUUGAUUAAGGACCUGUAUUCAUAUUGAAAACUGUGGCUAUCCUCAAACACAACCAACCUGUAAAUUUGACCUCAUGUGUUAAAAGAUUUGUUUUUGCUAUGAUCCCAGUGCAUGUCUAGCUUGAUAAUAUACUACACAGUUAAUGUACAUGUACACGUACAUUAGACAUGUGUUUGGCGACCUUCUAGCCUUUUUCUGAGAAUGAUGGUAACGUAACAUAGAUGUAAAAAUGUAACUGGCGAAAAAUAUAUGCUGUAACCUAAAUCGUGAAAACACCAAGGGGUUCGGGCUGUGUAUAAAUUGCUGGCUCAUAAUGUAGUUUAGCAGUUUUACUUUCUAUUAAAACUAUAUAUAUAAUGUCCCGAU